AUGUCCACCAACAUCACCUGGCACGCUGGUCUCACCCGCAAGGAGCGUAGCGAGCUCCGCAAGCAGCAGGGUGCUACCAUCUGGUUCACCGGUCUCUCUGCCUCGGGCAAGUCGACCAUUGCCACUGCUCUCGAGCAGCACCUGCUCCAGCAGGGUCUUGCCGCCUACCGUCUUGACGGUGACAAUGUCCGCUUCGGUCUCAACAAGGACCUUGGCUUUGACGAGAAGAGCCGUAACGAGAACAUUCGCCGUAUCGCAGAGGUAUCUUGGCUCCCUCUGCUUUUUGGAAAUGAGGUCGUGAAGCUGAUCAUGGUAUACAACAGGNUCGCCAAGCUCUUCGCCGACUCGUCGUGCCUCGCCCUGACCUCCUUCAUCUCGCCCUACAAGGCCGACCGUCAGACCGCCCGUGAGCUCCACGAGCAAGCCGCCAACACCGACACCCCUCUCCCCUUCAUCGAGGUCUACGUUGACAUUUCCGUCGAAGAGGCCGAGAAGCGCGACCCCAAGGGCCUCUACAAGAAGGCUCGCGCCGGCGUCAUCAAGGACUUCACCGGCAUCAGCGCUCCUUACGAGGCCCCCGAGAAGCCCGAGAUCCACAUCGACUCGGCAAACACCAGCGUCGAGGAGGCUGUCGUCAUCAUCACAAAGUACCUCGAGGAGAAAGGUCUUCUGAAGCAGGGUUAG